AUGGAUGUAUCUGCCUUAACAAAUCCUGGAGAUAUGGAAAUAGAGAAUACAAAACAACAAUCCAAAAUGACAGCAGUGGAGAAUAAAUCAGAAAGCCAACCAUUGAAGCGUGCCUCUGGCAACACAGAGAAUUAUGACCUUACAAAUGGGAAAAGCAGUCGUUCUACCGAUUCUACUUCUUUGAAUGGAGCUGAGACUGAAAUCUGUUCUGAAAAAGAUGUAUCUAAAACCUCUAAAUGUCCGUCCCGAUCAACUAGUGAAUAUCGCACACUUUACAACCAUUUACUUGAAAAGUACAAGAAUGCAAAUGAAGUUGCUAAGUUUCUAGAGGAUUUUGCACUUUAUUUGAAAAGUCUUGCAAAAUACCAACAACUACGAAAUAACAUGCUUGUUGAUUUGUUGUGUUACCUUAACAAGCAUGAGAGUAUAGAUCGUUUGGAACCAUCUAGUCACAUCGAGAUCAUUCGCAGGUUAGAACGUUUGCAAAAGUAUAAUUCAGACAAUAAACUGUACUCUACUUUAUUGAAACUAGAAAAAAACGAAACCGAUGAAGAUGGAAAAAAAAAUUUGCUAUCAUUUGAAGAAGUAGUCGGCAUGAAUGAUUCUUUGUCUAGUGACCUGGCCAUAGCAGAAACCAACCGAUACCCUGACCUUUAUUUAGGCAUAUUUGAUAGGUACGAUUUAGUGAAAAAAAAUCUGUGCUAUAAAAAUAAUAUAAGUAGCUUCAAAGAUUUGAAAGCCCACGUUAAAGCCGAUUUAAAGCAUAGUCUACCCAUCAAUUAUGAAGGGUCUGGAAAGAGAAGAAGAGUGGCUACGGGCACUACACAUCCAAGCACAACAAAGUCACAAAACGGUGUGCAUAAUGUUGAACCUAUAGUGGAGAAAAAUGAUUCCAAAUAA